AACAGAGCAAAAUUUAUAAGGGAAUUAUGGGAGUUGAAAUUCGACCAGCCACCAUUAAUGGUGAAAAUCACAGUGAAAGUGUAAAUAUAGGUGCACCAGUUGUACUUGGACUACAACCAUUUGCCCUAGUAGAUCAUAUAGCUAAGGUGGAUUGGUCUCUUCUCUCCCAAAUUCCCGGUGAACGUGGUGGCUCUUUCCCAGUUGCAGUUGAAGAGUUAAAGCAUAUACUCAACGAGCUUAACGCCCAUAUCCUUCCUUCUACUGACAAUGAAUCCCUAUUGAAGACUAUAGCUGGAGGUAGUGUUGCAAAUACAAUUAGAGGGUUGGCUGCUGGCUUUGGGAUUAGUAGUGGGAUCAUUGGGGCUUGUGGUGAAGAUGAAGAAGGUAAAUUAUUUAUGAGCAACAUGGGCCUUUCCAAAGUGGAUCUCUCAAGAUUGAGAUUGAAGAAUGGAACUACAGCUCAGUGUGUUUGUCUGGUUGACGAAGUUGGCAAUCGUACCAUGCGUCCCUGUUUGUCUGGCUCUGUGAAAGUUCAGGCAGAUGAACUGAAAAGAGAGGACUUCAAAGGUUCCAAGUGGUUGGUACUGAGAUAUGCCAUACUGAAUGUAGAAGUUAUUAAGGCGGCCAUCAAAAUAGCAAAGGAAGAAGGUCUUUUUGUUUCUCUUGAUCUUGCCAGCUUUGAGAUGGUGAGGAAGUUUAAAUCACCUCUAAUUGAAUUAUUGGAGUCGGGAAACAUAGACCUUUGCUUUGCAAACGAGGACGAAGCAACUGAGCUACUAAGGGAUGAAGAGAAAGCAGAUCCUGAUGCAGCACUUGAAUAUUUGGCUAAACAUUGCAAGUGGGCUGUUGUCACCUUAGCCCAAAACGGGUGCAUUGCGAAACAUGAGAAAGAGUUUGUACGUGUUCCAGCGAUUGGCGAAGCGAAAGUUACUGAUGCUACAGGUGCAGGAGAUCUGUUUGCAAGUGGGUUUUUGUAUGGAUUGGUAAGGGGAUUGCCACUGGAGGAAUGUUGCUGGGUGGGUUCUUGCAGCGGUGGUUCUGUGAUUCGAUCUCUUGGGGGUGAGGUAACACCUGAAAACUGGCAAUGGAUGUACAAACAAAUGAAGACCAAUGGACUCCAACUUCCAGAACCAAGCAAAUCCUCUGUUGUGACAUAGAAGAGUGGCCUCCCUAACUCAAUAGAAAGAGCAGCGCUGUGUUUUUUAAGUGCCUACUCCUUGUUAUUUGACUUCUCGCGAAGAAAUGUUGAACGUAAAAGUUCAUAUUGUUUGAUCUAGAUCUCCAUCUCAAUUCAGGUGUCAAAGAUUCAGUUUUAUUAU